AUGACUCGCAUGCAUUAUGCUUCCCGGACGAUGGAAGGUGUCGAGAUGGCCAUGAUCGCCGCCAGAGACUUGGUAUGGAUACCCUCCCAGACCCGACAAUUAACAUGGAUUCUAACUUUCAACAGGGACGAAGACUCCCUGGAGGAGACAUGUGACGCAGCCUCCCGCGAUCCGACCGUCAAGAUCGAUCUCUUAGGCCGCAAGCUGACUGACGAGGGCUUCGAGAUAUUCAUCGACGCCCUGCUCGAGACUCUUCAGAAAGAAAGAGACGACAAGCACCCCGAAGGUUUUGUCCGGCUCUUCGAGCUCCAGCUGAGCGGCAAUUGUCUGACCUUGAAGUCGUUGCCCAAGCUGGGAAGGGCAAUCAGACUCAGCAGCGGCGAUCUGAGCAACCUUGAUAUUUCUCAGAACUGCAUCGAGGUCAGGACUUCCGGGCAAAAGUUAGCUUGGAAGUACUUCUUGACUUCUUUUAAGGAGUGCUACAUGCUCAAGAAAGUCAAUUUCUCUGGGAAUCCUCUCGGUACUCCCGGUGUGGAGAUCCUGGCUAGGAUUUACACUCGCAGCGAACUGGGGUCCCCGGAUCAGAACGCUCCUCUUCGCGUGGAAGAGGAGCAUUCCAGUAUUGUUGACCAAAGUGAUGACCCAGCCUCUGGUAACAAUGGUCGUGGCAUUCGUCUUUCUAUUUACGCCAAGGGCCAGAGCCCCGCAUAUUCUGAAGUACAGGAUGCAAUGCCCCAGCCUCAGGGAACAUCCGAGUUUGCAUCCGAGAGUAAUCGAAGGCACUUCCGCAAAACUCGUGGACUGCGGUCAGUGCCAGAGUUGACUGUGACCGGAAUUCCAAUGUCAGAGACUGGAGUCAUCCCUUUAGCCAGCAAUCUGUGCAUGCAGGAAUCACGCGAGUUCCUCUGCUUUUAUCUUCCGAAGACGAAGACGGGUACCUCUCGACCUGAGAACGAGAAAAAGAAUCCGAGCAUCACUUGGCAUCUGAAUGAGCAUUUGCAUCAACAAGUUCGUCAGUUGCUGUAUUGGGCAACUGACAUUGCACAGCAAACUCCGAGUUUUUAUCGACACAGUCUCGCUGUGGCGAUUAACAAAUUAGAGGCUCAUCCAGGUCUGACUGCCCCAUGGAAGGGUAGAUCAUGGAGAUGUAGAUCUGAUAUGAAAUUUCAAUGGGUCACCAAAAAUCUCUGCAAACUUGCGAUUGAGAGCGAGGUCCAAGGUUGUGAGAUCUGGGGUAUUGCUCUGGACAUAGCCAAAAAGUUGCAGACCGUCCUGUUCAAUGAGGAGGUUAUACAUGCUCAGCUUUCUUCUAGUGGAGAGUUAUUUCAAUGCCUUGGACCUGAAAGGGAUUUGGUGGAUGCCAUCAACCUUGGAAUGUUUCGCUCCCGCCAACUGUUGGAUGGGCAGGCGUCCCAGGAGCCAUGGCGCCUUGGAAUGUCGUUAGACAUAUGGUCUGGUGUCAUGGGUAUGGCCCUGGAUAAUGGAAAUAUCCUCACUGUUGAUCAGAGGAAGAAUAUUCUCCAAUAUGCGGUAGAUAUCGACAGGCCUAUGCCCGAGAAGGCACUAACGGAGAGGUUAUGGGGGUUUCUUUUCGAUGUUGAUUGUAUCAUGCAUCACGCUUCUUGA